AUGGCGUCACACCAUCAAACAGGUAUCCUCUGUCCCUCAUCCUCUUUUCGCAGUCAAGACUCUUUAGGGAACAGUCAUAAUCUAAAGCGGCCUCUGCAUGACUCAGAUGGCUUCAGCAGUGGUGGCAGUUACAAACGGCAGAGGGAGAGAGAACGAGAGCGGGAACCCCGCGACUGGCGAGACGUUCAUCUCAGCAACGGUCGAAGACGAGUAGAGGGUCGGAAAGAGAGCUACAACCGCGAACGAGACAGAGGCGGACGAGAUAGGGAGAGGGCCAAACGCCGAGAAUAUUCGCCGCGACGACGUACUCCACCGCUACCUAGACAAUCGUCUCCAGAAGAGCGGGAAGAAGGCGAAAUCUCUCCUAGAGCAACUCCUCCCCCUCCAACACCUGCACCUAAUUCACCGGGUCCAGCGUCAACAACCCGAAUGCAAGUGGACGAGCCAGAAUUGGAGCUGAUGGCCUCACCACCCCCCCUCGAACAGCUUUUGGCUGACCGUAGGGCUCGUCGCGCGGCAAUACUUGCUCGCCAUGCUAGUGCCACGCCCAAUACUUCACUUCCUGGUUCAACUGGGCCUCCGAAUGGCUCCUCUACACAUGCAAAUGGAACUCCACAGCAUGUUAUCUCAAAUGGUGACGAUGAGCCGACUGUGGCCAAACCCCCUUCGCGGACUCCUUCGCCUGCUCCAGAACAGGAGCAAGAUGCGUUGUUCACUUUGGCCAAGGUAGACUCACCCAGCAAGCCGAGUAACACAACAAACCUCACUCAAGAGGCACAAGUUAACGCUGCCGAUUACGACCCCUCACUUGACCGACGAGAGGACGAAUUCAGAAGGGUUCAAGGCGUUGUCGCCGAGGAGGAGAUAGAAGUCGAAGAAACUGAUGAAGAGGAAGAUAUGGACGACAUGUUUGCGUUCGCUUCCGCCCCCAAACCGAAAAAGAAGAAGGUUGUCAAGAAAAAGACGAAGACCGUUGACCAGACCCGACUACCCGUUGCGAGCCAACAGAUCUUGCAUUCCGACACGGCGUCGGAUCCCGAGGGCUACUACAACGUUAUUCUUGGCGAGGUAUUGACGGCCCCGUCAGACGGAGAACGAUACCAAGUCUACGCCAGUGUGGGGCGAGGAAUGUUUGCUGUUGUCGUUAGAGCGCGAGUGUUAUCGGAAGGUGAAGAGGAUGGUGCAGGUGGACGAGAAGUUGCAAUCAAGAUUGUUCGCUCCCAAGAGGUUAUGCAUCGAGCUGGGCUCAAGGAAGCUACUAUCUUGAACAAACUUCAAGCAGCUGACCCAGACGACAAGAAACACUUGGUCAGACUGGAGAGGACUUUUGAGCAUCGCGGUCAUCUCUGUUUGGUCUUUGAGAGCUUGAGCAUGAAUCUCCGCGAUGUCGUCAAGCGUUUUGGGAAAGAUGUUGGUCUGAAUAUACGUGCGGUUCGUGCCUAUGCGCAUCAGCUUUUCAUUGCGCUUGGCCAUUUGCGCAAGCUUGGGGUCAUGCACGCGGACAUCAAACCUGAUAAUAUUCUUGUGAACGAGGCCAAAACGAUGCUGAAGCUUUGUGAUCUAGGCUCCGCGUCGGAUGCCGCGGAGAAUGAGAUUACGCCAUAUCUUGUCAGUCGGUUUUAUCGUGCUCCAGAGAUCAUUCUCGGCGUACCUUACGACCCAUCGCUUGAUGUGUGGUCUGUGGGAUGCACGCUAUACGAACUAUACACUGGAAAGAUUCUUUUCCCUGGCAGGAGUAACAACCAAAUGUUGCUCCACAUGAUGGAACUCAAGGGCCGCUUUAACAGCAAGAUGAUCAAGAGGGCUAAGUUUGGUGAGGUCUAUUUUGAUGAAAUGGGUGGGUUUGAAAGCGUCGAGCGAGAGAAAGCGAGUGGAAAUGACGUUAUCCGGAAAGUCCACAUUCAAAAACCAACGCGGGAUCUUCGGGCCCGUCUGCUAGGUGGUGCACGUAUGAGCGAUGACGAGACAAAUGUGUUGUUGCACUUCAUCGAUCUGCUCGACCGCUGUUUAGCGCUUGACCCUGCCCGGCGCAUCACACCAAGGGAAGCGUUGGGACACCCCUUUAUUCGUGGUUCUACAAAGUGA